CACUUUAUGUAAAUUGUUGUUGUGCCAACAACUAAACUUGUUUCCUUUUCCGAAUCAUUUGUUUCUCUCUCUGUGUCUCUCAGAUUCUGCUUUUUUCUUGUAAAUCCCAAGAACACUAGCUCCUGUCCUUUGAAAGUUGGACAGCUUGAGUUGAAAAUAAUUGGUGUGGUAAAUUUAGAAAUUAGCUAGGAUGUAAUGAUGUGAAUGGAGAGGAGUCACACUUACUUGGUUUUUUUAUACGAAUGAAUCGGUUAGCCAGCACCAACUUCUCUCCGUGUUUGUCACAAAUAUGGUACAUUUUCACGCGUCUGUGGUAAGAUAUUAUUCAAUAUUUUGGAAUCCUAUCUGGCACAGCCUUGUGUGAAAAAUGAUGGCUUCCACUCCAAAUAUUUACCACACAUCUCCUAUUCCUAUAUAUGAGUAUUAGUAUUAGUUGUGAGGGAAGAAGGGAAGGGAAGCUCUCCCCACAAUGACCAAGACAACUGGCAACUUUGAUUCUUCUGGAAUCAGAUAUAUAAUAUUGAGCUAAAGGAUAGAGCCAAGGACAAAAAAUAGUCUAGGAUUUGAGUCUGAUUUAUUUGGUCUCACAUACCCCUUCCCCUUCCCCUUCCCCUUCCCCUUAUAAAUACAUACAAACAACACCAAAACACCCCUUAAUUCUCUCUCUCUCUCUACAAUGAACGCAUCAACCUCCGACUACAGCAGCGGCUGCGAAUCGGGCUGGACUAUGUACUUGGAUCAAAUCUCCAAUUCGGAUGCCUUGUACACCAAGUAUCAAGACAAGGGGGGCUACCACGACGACGACGACGACGAAGAUCAGUCGAUGGUGUCGGAUGCAUCGUCGGGGCCGCCGCCGCUGCCUCACGCGUCUGAAGAUAAGAAGAAAAGAGCAGACACCAAGACCAGAAAGGAGCCUAACCAGAAGCACGCGCUCUGCCUCGACGACACUGCUAGCUCUUCCAUCUUUCAUUUCUCCCAGGACAAUGUACCUCCUUCUGAUGAUUCCGCCGCGCAUUUUGAGGGUGAAUCGGUAACGAAGAAGCGUCUGAGUUUCUUCAAAUCAUCGACGAAAGGGAAAUCAGGAAGUGUGGUGGGGAGGAAGAGGCAGUGAGAAAUGGAGUAUAUUUUUGCGGGCGGGCGGUGUGGUGCAGGAAGUGAAAAGGGGGAGGAUGGCCAUCUGAAUUUCCAAGAUUGUUGUCUGUAUCUAUCUUCUUUUUAAUCGAUUUCUUUAAUCUUUUUCUA